UACUUCCGGUUUUGGAUCCUAAAUUGAGAGAUAAAUGACCUGUACACUAUUUCAUAGUUUUGAUAUAAAUAUCCAAUUCGAUUUCUCGCUAUCUGCCGAACAACAGUACAUCAUUACAUAAUACCACCAUCAUUAAAUACAAACCAAUAUGUCGUCGACAUCACAGAAGCAUAGAAACUUCAUUGCUGAGCCUAUGGGUGAAAAACCUGUAACUGAACUGUCUGGGAUUGGGCCAGUUCUUGGUGGCAGGCUAGCAGAGAAAGGAUUUGACAAAGCAUAUGUUGUACUAGGUCAAUAUUUAAUUUUGAAGAAAGAUGAAGAGCUGUUCAAUGACUGGUUGAAGGAUGCGUGUUCAGCAAAUUCCAAGCAGUGUGGUGACUGUUUUGGAUGUCUCAGAGACUGGUGUGAUGCCUUCCUCUGAGGUCAAAAAUGGAUGUCCAUGGAUACAAUAUGAAUGUGACUACUAUUUCCUUCUAAUCUAUCACAAAACAACAUAUUUUAGUAUCAAUAUAACCCUAAAAAGCAGAAAGAUGAUGUGAAGAUUGCCUCCAAGGUGCAUUCAGAGGUUCAUACUUUGGAAAAUGGAAUUUUAGGUAUCUGAUUAUAAUUACUGACUGUGUGGAAAUUAAGCACUUUAUAUAUUUCAAUAUAAUUCAAAAUAAUGUGUCUCAGUGAUAUGUUGUGUUUGUAUAUAGACCAUGAUUUUAAAUUAGUAAAUAGAUUGUGUUAGAACUAGUCUUUUAAAAGUCAGACAUCUGACACUGGUUCAGAACUCUUUUUUUGUUUGUUUUUGUCUUAUUUAUAACAAACACCAAUCCAAUUCAGUCACAGCCAAUAUUUUAAAGGCCAUAACUCAUAAUCAAUAUGUUAUCAUUUAGAUUAGGUUCCUAAGUAAUACACUGUCAGAUAGUCUGAUGAUUUAAGUGGUUGUGCACUCUACAAUGGCCUCAAUAACAUAUAUAUGUCCACUGUUAUUAGAUGGCCGUUAUUAAUGUCAAAUACGUAAACUUAGCCAACUCUUUACACAGUUGAGCAGGUUUUGUCUUUAUGUAGAUCUAGACUUGAGUAGAAAACAAUUAUUGGAUAUUAAGAUGCAAUGUAUUUUUACAUAUAAACCUGAAACAGGAAACAAAUGUAGUAUCAGUUACUAGUUAGCACUGUUGUCUGGAGACGUCAGUUUUGUUAUCAAGACUGCUCCCAAUAUGUCUGCUAAGAUACAGAUUUGAUUAAUUAAAAUGAGUUUGUCAAAUGCGUUUUAAGUAUAUUAAAGUAUAUUGUAGAACAAAGGUUUGUAGACUAGUAUAUGUUUUUGAUGUUGUAUAUCUCCAACUGUUUUGCCUGUUGGUAUAUACAUAUGUAGUGAAUUAUUGUGUUCUCUUCCUUCAUUCAUCAGAUAUUUAAUUGCAACGCUGCAUUGUCCUCAUCGAGUUAUGACUACACAUGCACUAAAAUAUAGAAUUAUGAAAAAAAAUUAAAAGUCGGCCAUUUCAUGCUGUACCAAUUACUUAUGUGAUUCAUAUCAUUAUUUUUAAGUAAGAUAUUAAACAUACAAAUGUAUUAA